UCGCGGAGUCAUGUGACGAGGGGGCGGUGCAAGGGUAUCCGUUGCCGAAGGAGGCCUUGUUAGUAUUACCCAGCAGGAGCCUGUCUUUCCUCUCUCCAUUAACGAGUGAAGAUGUUGGCCCGAAUGGCGCCAUUCGGGUUUCUCCGAGCAGUGAGAUGGCUGCUCCUUGCCGUUUCCUGUUGCGUAUGGAACGAUGCGCAGGCGGACGAUGUUUUCGUUUACCCGGAACUGUGCGGGUACACUUGGGAGGCAAUGGAUUCACAGAAGGGAAUACAUUACAAAAUAAAUCUAUGUUACCCUUUAAAUUGUGGGAGUUUGAGUGCCGUCUGUGCUUACAAUUCUUCACAAAAAACCAACCAUUCAGUGGGUGAUUAUGCAUUCAGGACCAGAGGAGUACAUCAUAUUGAGUACAACACCACCGAGAAAUGUUCAAAACAGAGCUCUGAUCAGACUGUCCAAAGCAGCAUCAACUUUUUAUGUGGCAAAACUUUGGGUAGCCCAGAAUUCGUGGCGACUUCUGAAUGUGUGCAUUACUUUGAAUGGAAGACUUUUGUAGCCUGCAAGAAGAGCACCUUCAAUCCCCAUAAAGAGGUUCCUUGUUACAUCAUUGAUGAAGUUGGAAAGAAACGUGAUCUGAAUCCGCUCAUAAAGAUGUCAGGAGGCUAUUUGGUUGAUUCUCCUGAUGAUGAUGAUUUGUAUAUCAACAUUUGUAGAGAUAUAGCUCCUUCAGGCAAGACCUCAGCAUGUAAACCUGGCAGUAGUGCCUGCUUGUUGAAAGGAUCCACUGCAUUUGAUGUUGGCCAACCAACAGAUGCUUUGAAACUAGUUGGCAAAGACAGGUUAAUGCUUCGCUAUGCUAAAGAACACAUUAGAGAUGAAAAGUCACCAGCAUUUUGUGGCAAUCAUAAACCUGCUGUCACCAUCACUUUAAUCUGUCCCUCUGGAAGGAGACAGGGUACAGAUCCCAAGUUGAUUGCCAGUACUAACUGUCGCUAUGAAAUUGAAUGGGUUACUGAAUUUGCCUGCCCCAGAGAUUACCUAGAAAGCCAUAACUGCAAGCUUGUAAGCGACCAGCAUGACAUCUCCAUUGAUCUGACUCCCCUCACAUUGACUGCAUCUAGCAAUCCAUAUCAUGUUGUCCCCAAGAAGAGUGAUGACACCACUGAUGAAUACUAUUAUUACCUGAACGUGUGUGGACCGAUCAGCUCUGAUGUUUGCAGCGAUGAUCGAGGUUUUGUAGCAUCAUGUCAAACUAAACCAGAAGUUUCCUUUAGUAAGGUUGCAGGGCGAUAUGAAAAUCAGACGCUCAGGUACUCCGAUGGCGAUCUUACAUUGAUAUAUCCUGAUGGCAAUUCAUGCAGCUCUGGCUUCCGAAGAAUGACAAUAAUAAACUUUUACUGUAAUGAAUCGGCUGCAAACGGUGGAAAAGGUGAACCAGAAUUCAGUGCCGAAGUUGACUGCACAUACACCUUUGAUUGGGGUACAAAGUAUGUCUGUGUGAAAGAAAAAGAAAACUUGCUCUGUCGUGCCUCUGAUGGAAGGAAACGAUAUGACCUUUCAUCUUUAACUCGAUAUGAAGCGAAAGAGGUUCCUGAAUCUGACAACACUCACAAUUGGGAGGCAUUGGAUAGUCUGGUGAAAUCUGAUCAAAAGCGGAUCUAUAUUAAUGUGUGCCACAAGGUACUUCAAGAUGGCGGAGCUGUAGGAUGUCCUGAAGAUGCAGCUAUCUGUGCUGUUGGUGAAAAUAACAAAAAGAACCUCGGAAAAUUUGUUUCAUCCCCUGAAAAGGAAGGCAAUGAUCUUCAACUUGUGUACUCUGAUGGUGAGCCAUGUGGAACAGGUGGUCAAAGUAAAACUAUCAUCACUUUUAUAUGCAGACCUGGGGAUCUGGAGAGUCCUCCUAUCCUGAAGCCUGGGAUCAAUGAAUGUUUGUAUGAACUAGAAUGGCAUACAGCUGCAGCUUGUGCUUUAUCCAAAACUCAAGGUGAUAAUUGCAGGGUUUCAGAUCCGGAGGCUGGCUUUGUGUAUGACCUCUCGCCUCUAACCAAACAAAAUAGCAGCUACCAAGUUAAAUCUAAGACGUACAAUUUUUAUUUAAAUGUAUGUGGCAAUGUGUCCAAGGAUGGCUGUGAGAAAAACUCUGGUGCUUGUCAAGAAGCUCCACUUGAUCAAAAGUUUUGGAGCCUAGGAGAAUCUAAUUCCAGAUUGUCAUACUACGAUGGGAUCAUUCAUCUGGUCUAUACAAAUGGGACAGAAUACAACAAUGAGCAGCACAUUCAACGAUCCACACUCAUAACAUUCCUGUGUGAUCGAGAUGCAGGCGAAGGACAUCCAGAAUUUGAGGAGGAGGACGAGUACACUUACAAUUUCAAGUGGUACACACAAUACGCUUGCCCAGAAGUACCAAUAGACUGUAUAGUGAUGAAUGAGGUUACAAAGCAACAGUAUGAUUUGUCAAGGUUAUCGAGGUUGGAAGACAGUGAUGACGGUAACUGGUUUGCAAUGGACACGACAUCAAGUAACCAUAAGAAGUAUUAUAUCAACGUCUGUAGACCUCUGAAUCCAGUUCCAGGAUGUGAUCGCUAUGCAGCAGUGUGCCAGAUGCAGUAUGAAAGAGAUCUAGAUGCACUUUAUGAAAAAGUAUCCAUUAGCAAUCUGGGUAUUGCCAAAAAUGGUCCCAAGCUAGAAAAAGAUGGACGAAUUAUUUUGGAAUACCUAAAUGGAUCAGCGUGUACCAAUUCGGGUGGUGAUAAAACCUCUUACACUACCCAUAUUCACCUAAGUUGUUCGAAAGAACUGUCUUCUGGUCCAAGGUUCAUUGAACACAAAGAUUGUGUGGUCACAUUUCUGUGGGAAACCAAUGCAGCCUGUCCUAUCACAACAAUUCAAGAAUCAAGUGAGAAUUGCUCAGUAGAAGAUCCCAACACUGGCUUUGUCUUUAACUUUCUGCCUCUGGCUUCAGACUCUGGUUACUCAGUUACUGGAAAUCACAUGGUAUUUAAGCUGAACAUCUGCCGUGGCUUAAAAGAAUGUGGGAAAAUAGGCAGCAAGCCAGCAACUGGAUGUGAGAUAGAUGGACAGGAACCAAAACACCAGGUUGGAAUGGAAACAUCACUUGAGGCUUCCACCAGUGGUCUUAUAACACUUACGUACAUAGGUGCAUUGGCAAGAGAUUCCGGACGCCGGGAUAAGUUUAUUAUCCGCUUUAUCUGUGACACUGAUUCAUAUCCUGGUGUGCUCAAGUUUCUGCGAGAAGAAAUUGGCACUACAUCACGCGUUCAUGACACCUACUUUGAAUUUUAUACUGCGUUGGCCUGUUUUCCAGCUCCUGUGAACUGCCUUGUUAGUGAUAUAGCUGGUAAUGAAUAUGAUCUGAGUGACCUUGCGAGGGACAAAGAACCAUGGGUUGCAGUAGAUGCAACUGAAGAUAGAAGUAAACGUACAUUUUAUUUAAAUGUUUGUAAGCCAUUGCCUUCAGUUAAGGGCUGUCCAGGUGGUGCUAUCGGAUCUUGUGUCAAGUAUGCUGAUAAAAGCCAGAAUCUAGGAUAUAUUCAGAUGAGUCCGCGAGCCGAGACUGAUGGCACACUCAGUAUUGUCUAUUUGAAUGGUGAUAAAUGCGAUAACAAUCAGAAAUAUUCUACACGAAUCCUCUUCCAGUGUGACAUAAUCUCAGGUUCCCCAAUAUUUCAGGGAAAGGAUGAGUGUGAAUUUCUUUUUGUGUGGCGAACUCCAGCUGCAUGUCCAAUUCGCAGAGCCGAAGGUGAAAACUGUCAAAUUAAGGACCCAAAAUAUGGUUAUGUAAUUGACCUGCAACCACUUGCUAAUGAGGAUCAGAAGGUGAAGGGUGAUGAAUAUACUUAUCACUUCAGAGUAUGUGACUAUUUGAGAAUAUCUGACUGUGGCAAUUUUUCACACGGCGGGGAAGAUGCAAUUUCAGCAUGUCAGUCAAAGCCAGGCACUUCUUUCAAGAAGAUUGCAGGACAUUUUACCCAGCACUUAACCUAUGAAGAUGGAUUGAUAAUGAUAAACUAUACCAGAGGAGACACUUGCCAUAAAAUUUAUGAACGGUCAACAGCCAUCUUCUUCUAUUGUGAUCACAGCCAAACUCCGGGCAAGCCAGUUUAUUUGAGGGAAACUCUAGACUGUACAUACCUGUUUGAAUGGCACACAUCAUAUGCUUGUCCACCAUUCAGAUCCAUUGAUUGCACAUUAAGGGAUGAGGAUGGGAAUUCUUAUGACCUUACCCCUUUAUCACGAUCUCAAGACAACUGGGAGAUAGAACAGCAACGAGAUUUUGACCAGACAUAUUACAUCAACAUCUGCAAGUCACUAGUCCCAAAAAAUGGUAACUGGGCCUGCUCUUUAAAUGCAGCUGUCUGCCUGAAGAAUGGCAGCAACUAUGUAAACCUUGGUGAGGUCGUAGCAGGGCCAAGGUGGGAAGAACACGGUCUGCUUGUUCUACAUUAUCAAAGUGGUGACCGAUGUCCUGAUGGAAUACGCAAUAAGACUACAAGCAUACGUUUCAAAUGUGAUAAAGAUGCAGUUAGCACAAAGCCAGACUUGAUCACAGCCAUUGAAGGUUGUGAGUACACAUUUUUGUGGUUCACAGCUUUCGCUUGCCCAGUAACCAAGAAUGUACACAAUGAGUGUGUUGUGACAAAUCCGAUUACAGGCCAUUUAUUUGACCUGAACACACUACGAACUGAUCAAGGCUAUACUAUAUAUGACCGUAAAAUCAGAAGAAACUUUGUUCGCCUUAACAUUUGUGAUAAGGUGCAAAAUACUGGAUGUUCAGGAGAUGACGUUGGUGUGUGUAUUCAAGAAGAUCAUGCAAUCAAUGCAGGGCGUUUCAAUACAGAAGUGACUUAUGUAGAUCAGGUGUUGAGGCUCACGUAUGGAGAGGGUGAAAUAUGCUCUAGCAACUCUAACCUGCGUCACAGAAGCAUCUUCAGUUUUGUCUGUGGCACACUUGCAGGAGCAGGUACUGGACCUAUUCUGGUGGCUUCAGAUGAGCAGACAUGCACUCAUUAUUUUUCUUGGCAUACGCAGCUGGCCUGUGAACAUGAGGUGAGAUGUUUGGUGAAGAAUGGAAGCUCGAUUAUUGAUUUAAGUCCUUUGAUCCAGAAGGCUGGGUACUAUUCUGCAGAAGAUGAAGAUAUUGCUGAUGGUCAAAAUGACUCUCCUGAUUUUUACAUCAACCUUUGCCAACCACUGAAUCCUGUCCCAGGGGUUGCCUGUCCCCCUGGCUCGGCUGUGUGCAUGGAUCCUGUAAAUGGACCACCUGUGGCAAUUGGUUAUGCUUCUGCACCUCCACGGAUUAAUUCAGCAACUCAGGAAGUCUACAUUUCUUUCAGGACCAAUACUACCUGCCAAACCAAUCCUAAAUUGACAUAUGACUCCCUCAUAGUAUUUCAUUGUGUUAAGGGUGUAGACUUGGGAAGACCAAAGAUGAUGAGAAAAUCAGAAUGUAGCUUUGUGUUUGAAUGGGCAACUCCACUAGUCUGUCCGGAUUCAGUGAUUACAUCUGGCUGUUCGCUAUCUGAUCAACGGUUACAUCACAUCUUCAAUUUGUCUGUUCUAACAGGAAGGAUAAACCAGGUCAGUUUUGAAGGAAGGACGUAUCACCUUAAUGUAUGUGCAGCAGUAACAGGUGUACCUGACUGUAAAAACAGUGCUGUCUGCUUGGUUUCUGGCAAUGAAACAGCAUCAUUUGGCAAUCCAAAAGCAAUGACCCUGGAAUACAAACACCAGGAUCAAGCUUUGAUCCUGCAUUACAGUAGUGGUGACUCGUGCCCAAAAGUAACUGAAAGAGGACAGUUUUGCAGAUUCCCUUUUAAGUUUUUUGGGAACUCCUACCGUGAGUGUACAACUGAUGGGAGAACAGAUGGAUUACUGUGGUGUGCAACCACUGAUGACUAUGACAGGGACAAAGCAUGGGGCUUCUGUAGUAGUGCAACAGCAACUCGGAGAUCCACAAUCAUCUUCAGAUGUGAUGAAAUGGCUGUAACUGGAAGCCCUAAAGUGCUGAGUGAGAUCCUUGGUUGCUCAACAACGUUUGAAUGGAUGACCAGCGUAGUUUGUCCACCUAAAAAGAUGGAGUGCAAGAUAAUUCACAGGCAUAAGACCUAUGAUUUGAGAAUGCUUUCUUCCCUUACUGGCUCAUGGAAGUUUACAUCUAAUGGUGAUACGUAUUAUAUGAAUCUUUGUCAAGGUGUUCGUGAAGGACCCACAGGCUGCCCUUCAUAUGCUAGCAUGUGCAGAAGGAAUAAAAAUGGUAAAACCGACAUAUUAGGGCUGGUUCACACCCAAAAAAUUGACAUUCGAGGUGGGCAUCUUUUUGUGAAUUAUUCAAGUGGUUAUUUUGUCUGUGGUACAGGAAAACAUGCAAAGACAACUAUACGCAUGCAAUGUUCACUAACAAGUGGAGCACCAGAGCUGGAAAACUUUGUUGAAAAGGAGUGUGAGUUUUUAAUUGUAUGGGAGACCCGUGCGGCUUGUGCUGUGAAACCUCAAGAGGUUUACAUGGUAAAUGCAACCAUUACAAGUCCAACAAAUGGCCAAAGAGUCAAUUUGUCAGCUAUUUAUUCUAAGUUGUACAAAGCUUCAGGUGAUAUUAGAUCAAAUGGUGACUCCUAUAUCUAUGAUAUCCAACUCUCUGGGAUCUUGAAUCCAGAAGACUUCAAAUGUCAAGACUCCAAUAUCUGUCAGGUCAAAACUAACCAACUCUAUUUCAGAUCCAUUGGGGUAGCUUCCAAAGCAAAAUAUUACCUUGAAGAUGAUGACCUGGAUGUAGUUUUCUCUUCCAACUCUGUGUGUGGCCGCGACAAAUCCAAGAAUGUCUCUUCCACCAUAAUACUGCACUGUAGUGAAUCAGCAGGGGAAGGGAAGCCAGACUUCCUUCAUGAAACUUCAGACUGCCAGUAUCUGUUUACUUGGUACACAUCAACAGUCUGUGCACUAACGUCAGUCAAACCUGUGAUUCCAGAUGGUAAGUCGCAGAAUGGAGACAAUGUCAAGGGUUUGUCCAGAAGAAGCAGAGCUGUGGGAGCAAUGCUCAGUGCAUUGUUGGUGGUACUGACCGCCUGCCUCCUCAUCUUAUUAUUUUACAAGCAGGAAAGAAGGGACUUUAUUAUUCAAAAAGUGACUGGCUGUUGCAGGAGAGGAGCUGGAGUUGCAUACAAAUACACAAAGAUUAGUGGAGAAGAGGACGGUGAUGAAAAUGAAACUGAAUGGUUGAUGGAAGAAAUCUCCUCAUCUGAGAAUGGGCAGAAACCAGCAAAGGAGUACCAGCAAAAUGGCUUGAACCAUGUCACUAAAGUUGUAAAUGCUGAUGUCUUCGGUUCAUUCCCACUGGAUGAUCCAGACAGCGAAGAUGAGGUUUUGACCAUGCCACGAGUGAAAAUCACCUCUACGAGAACAGGAGAGCCCAAGAUCAGGGACAAUCAAAAGCUGCAGCAUCCACAGAACAAGCACUUUCAUGAUGAAAGCGAUGAGGAUUUACUUGGUUUAAAUAAUGAAAAGAAAGAAACAAAGGGAAAAUUGAAACCACAAAUGAAGCGAAACAGGCCAGAAAAUAACUCCACAAAUGUAACUUUUCAUGAUGACAGUGAUGAGGACAUGCUAAAGGGUUAACCCUUGUGCUUAUCUAAUAACCUGAUAGGACACCCAGCCCAGCAGACUGAAUGAGAGGGGCCUGCCUGUCAUUUACUCUGCUGAAUAUUUGAAUAACCCUGUUGAUUUUUUGCAAAUUAUAUGCAACAAGGGAACUGUAUAAACACUCCUGAUUGUUUACAGUAAUGUGUAAAGGGACAAAUCUUUGCUGAUUUACUAGCAUUUGCCUAAGGGAUAUUUAUAUAUUAAAUAAUAAAGCUUGUGCACAUGGCCAUUUCUUUGGGGCAAUAAUUAUUGCACCUAAGUAUUGCAAAGAGCUCUAUGAUGCUUUCUUUAGCUUUGACCUUACUCUUCUGCCAAUGAAAAGGAAGGGGAGCAAAGUAAAAGAAUAUUUGUUACUUUGCAGCUCUAUCUUUGAUUAGCUUCCAUGAAGCACUGCCCUUUUUGUGUCUAUAUUUAUUGCAAGUUAAAUAAAGGAAAGGGUUAGUGAACACUGGUACUUUGUUCAUCCUCCCAACCAGAAACUACAGUGAUGUAGGGAAAUGCAGAGGGUUUUGACAUAAUCAUUUUUUUUUGGAAAAUUGUUAGAUUCAUACGCAGAAAGGAAACAUUUCACAAAAGGUUGCACAAUAUUGUCAAAAAUGUCCAACGUGCAAGUAUAAAAGUUGACUGGAAAUGUUCAAGAUGUCGGCCUAGUCCUUUUGCAUGACCCUCCUUUUGAAGUAUAUUUUACAAUAUUAUUAUGCAUAAUUGAUGGGUUGGAACCAAAGUGCAACAAUGUAUUGGACAGGUGUUCUUUUUUGUAUCGAUUUCUGGUUUGGGUUCAAAGUUUUUUAAUUAUUUUCAAAUCAAAGAUAUGUGAUUUUUGUUUCUACAGAAGCUUUGAUAAUUUUGUUGUAAUAUGAAGCAACACCCAUUUCAAUAAAAGGUGAAAAUAUUCCCACUCUA